UGCUUUAAGCCAAACUGGAGCCGAAGGGUGGCGAAAUCGCACGAAUCGUGCCGACCCGAACCGAAAGCUCGGUUGCCCCUGUCAGUAGGCCUGCCGCAACGCAGCAGUGAGCGCGCCUUCUACCACGCGCUGAGAUUACGCGACUUUUUCCCUGAAUUCCGUCGAUAUUCGCCAUACUUCCACUGAUUUUCCCUACCGAUACGCUUCGCUUAUUAUCCGUUGGUAAAACGAUCGUAACACGAAACAAAUUAUUGCCCUUAAAACUCGUGAUUCGUCGUAUUGGUGCUAUCUUUCGUAUUUUGUGUACGCCUUUAACGUAAUUGUACAGAUCUGUUUUACAGCUCGAGGUAAUCGCAGAACAGUGAAUAGGAUGGAAAUUAGGUCUGUUGGAACAAAGGAAUAUAAUUAGAUGCAAUCUGAUACCUCUUUACAAGCGGUUGUCCUUGUUCUUGCGUUUCGAUGGAGCAUUCCAGCGGAUGAAUAAAAAUCCAUCGAUUCCCAGCAAGCGACCUUAAUCGUUCGUAUUUCCAGCGGGACCAAGAGUUACCAGUACUUUGGAGGCUACUGAUCGUAGAACCGUAUCCAGGACGAAAACGAGUUUGUAACCAUUCGCUCGAACAGAAAGUAGGAGUUCUCGUUGUUGCUCGUUAGUUUUGAUAUUCGUGGGUCUUGGGUGAUCGUGGCGAUCGAAAAGAUAGCGGAGUCGUCGUCUUCACCGGACGUAGCGGGAUUCCGAUACAUCAUGGUGAACCAUAAAGCGACUCCGAUGACAUCCCAUGCACCCUCCGAGGCGAUCGUAUCCGAUGGACCCUAAUGACACCGGUUCGAUGUUAUCAUCAGCAUCGUCGGGGUCGUCUAUUUCCGUCGCUUGGAACAGCGCGUCCUACGCGGCCAACUUGCGCUGAAAAAGGGCAGCGUUACGUCAUUAUCGGCGAACGAUGACGGCAAGUCGUGUGAUGUGUAACCGUGUAUGAAGCGAGCGUUAAUGGACCGUGGACGGAGCGUACGAUUAACCGAUCGAGUAGCUCCAUUAAUAACGACGAAGACGUUUUAUAGAGAACGCACGCAGUUGCAUCGAAGGGGAUGACCGAGCAACUUUAAAAAAAAGACGAAGCACCCUCGUCGAGCCGCAUUCUCGUUCGGUCGUUUCGUGAAUGAACCCCGUUCGAUCCGUUUGCUCGACACGCGCCUGUGCAUUAUUCUACGCGUGUGUAUGCGGUCGUUUACGGUCACGGUAACGCGAAAGUUGAUCGACGGUUUUCUCGUCUCUGGCAAGCUGCACUAUCGUCGAUCAUCCGACGUCGACGAACGUUGUCCAAGUUGUACGUACGUAAAUAUUCGGGUUUAUUCGUUCGUGUCGAUAAGUUGGUGAAAAGAAGUUAGAAGUAGAAGCGGUAGAAAUCGCGAUGUGAAGUUACAGAGAAGCGAGUGUGCUGUGUGAAGUUGGCGCGACGGUGUGCCACGACGAAUAGCUUCUGGAAUCCCAGAAGACGGAGAGAAUCGGUUCGCAGGCGAAGUUGCGACUCAACCUAUCGGAGAACUAGAUUCAUUGAAACUUAUCAGCUAUCUCGAGCAACUUGCUAUCCUGGAGUUAAGGUGUUGGAUAUUCGAGGGGGAGCAGGGGGAUUCGCCAGGACUCGUCUGUUCAAUUACACACAGUCCCAGGAUGAAGGGGAUGCUUUUGCUGAUGAGCACGCUGGUUUGGUUUGUUGCGGCGGAAGUUUUCCUUGGCGAUGUCGACGAGCCGAUACCGAUGCUGAAUGUGUCGGCGGUGGCUGGCUUCAAAGCUCAAAUACCUUGCGACAUCGAUCCAGCGAGUAGAAGCGAGGUGGUGAGCAUGGUUUUUUGGUACAAAGACGAAAGGGACGGCGAGCCGAUAUACAGUCUAGAUGCUCGCGGCAAAUCGAUAGCUCAGGCGAAGCUUUGGUCAGAUUCAUACGUAUUCGACGAAAGGGCGACCAUGAGGACGAACGUGGAUCCCGCGAAAUUGGAGAUCGAUCCCUUGGAGGCAACCGACGCGGGCGUGUACAGGUGCAGGGUGGAUUACAAAAAUAGCCCGACGAGAAAUCAGAAGGUUAACCUCACGGUGAUAGUGCCACCGAACAAGCCUGUGAUUUACACCGGGCCGGGUAAAAAUUUGGCCAAGGUAUUGCAGCCCUUUAACGAGGGUAGCGAGUUGUCGUUGUCGUGCGAGGUAAUCGGAGGUUCACCGCCACCCAAGGUCACGUGGCAUUUCGAAGAGGAAACGGACGACACGUACACGUUGGAACACGGGGACACUACGAUAAAUCAUCUCGACAUCACGAACGUCACCAGGAAGUUCCUCAGAGCUAGGCUAAUUUGUCGGGCAAGCAACACGCAUCUCGUUGCUCCUCUAACUUCCGAGAUUAUUUUGGAUAUUAAUUUGAAACCGUUAGUAGUGAAUAUUACGAACAAAGAAACGCACUUGUCGGCGUUAAAAACGUACGAAGUUGAAUGCGCCAGUUCGGGUUCCAGGCCAGAGGCUGUGAUCACUUGGUGGAAGGGAAACCAUCAGGUCAAACACAUGGCCAGAAAUUUUGCAGAUAGUCCGAACAUCACGAGAAGCGUGUUGAGUUAUGUACCCACCAUGGAGGACGAUGGAAAAUAUCUGAUCUGCCGGGCGGAGAAUCCGGUUGUACCUAACAGCGCCCUGGAAGAUAAGUGGCGACUGCUGGUUCACUAUGCACCAAUAGUGACGAUCAAGCUGGGCUUGAGCUUGAAGGCAAACGACAUAAACGAGGGCGAUGACGUCUACUUCGAAUGCGACGUUCAGGCGAAUCCCAAAGCGUACAAGCUGGCAUGGUACAAAGACGGCAAGGAGCUGCAUCAGAACUCGACUGCUAGAAUUUUUCUUCCCAGCGGACAAUCUUUGGUUUUGCGAAGCGUGACUAGAAAUUCCGCCGGCGAAUAUUCUUGCAUGGCAGUCAAUGUCGAGGGGAAAUCUACCAGCAGACCGGUAACGUUGGACAUAAUGUACGCGCCUGUCUGCAAAGACGGCUCAUCUACCCAAGUUGUCGGCGCCUUGAAGCACGAGACGAUCUCGCUGGUAUGUGGCGUGCAGUCGAAACCGCCGCCCAUCACUUUCCACUGGACCUUCAACAAUUCCGGCGAGCUGAUGAACGUGCCGGCCAACAGAUUCACGCAAGUGAAGCCGCUCAGCCUCAUCACUAGCCACUGGCAUGGAUCCAGGUUGAACUAUACUCCAGCAAACGACAUGGACUAUGGCACGGUUGCCUGCUGGGCGAAAAACCGGAUAGGGGUGCAAAAGACACCCUGUCUUUUUCAGAUCAUCGUCGCCGGGAAACCUUAUCCCCUUCAGAAUUGCACGGCCCUCCAGUCGACCGGUCCGUACGCGUAUCGAAUGGGUCACGAGGAUUUCAAAGCCACCGAAUCGAGGGAUGCGGAUUGGUUGAUCGUCAGAUGCUCGGAGGGAUUUGACGGCGGUUUGCCCAUAACUAAUUACGAGCUGGAGGUGUAUAGCGAGGAGAACGUUUAUCACUUCAAUACCUUUUACCUAAACCACACAGAGAGAUCCAGCUCGUCCGGUCCGGUUUUUGAGGUUCCUGGUUUAGAGACCGGUCGUAAAUAUAGGCUUCAUCUUUACGCUGUCAACGCAAAGGGUCGAAGCGAUCCUGUAGUCCUUGAACCAGUCACGCUCAAAGCAGUCGCUAUGUACACCACCGAUCGCGGAACUUCCGACGGCAGCAUGGACUACAGUCUUCUGGUGGCGUGUUUCGCCGGUGGAAUAACAGCCGUGUGCAUCCUGAUCGUCGGCAUAACUCUGACACUGUAUCGCCGUAACCAUCCGAUGCAAUCGAUGAAAACUCACACCGAAGUGGUGCGUUACGGCAACAAAGACGACAGAGUGGUUAUAGCACCGUUGAAUAAGGAGACCAGCGACGAGAUCAAAGGAGAAACGAUCAACGAUAUGGCCGAUGACGAUCCUGACGUGAUUCCAAGCAAGAUGGAUAAGAGGCCCGACAUAUUCGAACCGAAUUACGAGACUUGCAAGUCGGACAGAACGAAAGAUUUCGGUCAUUUGGAGGAGCUGGAUUAUCCGACGCCCUCGUCGGUCUUGCAUACAAAGGACUCGUGGAUCUAUCCUAACGGCUACGUGAAAAAGGUGGAGAAGAGCUUGAGCCCGUUGCGACCCAGCACGCUCCCUGUCCAUCGUAGUCACGAUAUUUACACGAGAAGUUCGCGUGUCCAAGAGAGCUGUAUAUAGGCGGUCCUGGUGCUUCGUCGACGAUCGUGGCGUCACGACUGAUGCUGACCAAAUUGACGAGCCGCGACUCGUUUUCCGAUACUCACCGACGAAUUUUGCUCCAGCGUAUGAGUUUUAACGUCCGAUGCUCGCUUCGCAGGUUUUUGUUUCCAUCCCAUCGUUUGAUCGUACAAGUAGCUUCCGAAAUGAAUGAGAUACACGUUUGGAGAAGGUAGACAGUGGAAUAAAUUUUGGCAAUUAAUUUAACUCUGCGUAAUACCAUACGAUUUGGAUGUUAUUAACACACGCGUAUGGUACGUACCAGUUAUAAUAGGUCGUAACGUAUGAAAUGCCGGUCCGAAUGCUUCGGAUUCUUCAGUUAGAUCGUACCAAGGAGUACAUUGUCUGAAGCGUGAUAAACGCGGACUUAUGUUCUCUUUCGUUGCGCGUAUCCUCUGUCGAGGAUCGUGUUUAAGGUUCUUCAAGAUCCUCUUUGUAACGGUACAACGAGUACGCGCAAAAUUGACACCACUUUUCUUCGUUUCAGGUGAGUUUAAUUACUUUGAUUACAAAUGUGUGUUUCAACGUUGAAACUCGAAUUGGAAGCGACAGUUACUCUGCAAAAACCUAACGUAGUUGCUGAUUUUCCAACGAAAAUGCAGGUAACCGAUCGCAACGUUUCUCUUCGUAAAAGCAAAUAAAACUCCAAUUAUAGAUGGGUGUAGAACGGAAUUGUUCAAAGAACGACAUUCUCGAGACUCGAUGGAAACUUCUGGAUAGGUUUUAUUCGCGUGAAAGAAGGAAAGAACGGACGCGGCUCACAGUUUACUAUCCUAUCGCGAAACUACGAUUGACUCAUGCCAAAAACGUUAAGCAUGGUAAACGACGUUUGUAAAUAGACAAUAAGUACCGUUAAGAUUCCCUCCUGAACUGUCAAGGUCGUACUCUUAUUUUUCACAUAGAUCUUAAUUAAUCGUAAAUAUAAAUGUAAAAAGGAGAGAAUAACAGGCGAUCAUGCAGUGUCUCGUUCGUCACGACGUUUGUACAUAGACAAUAAUUUUUCUUCCUUGAAUGUUGGUCUCCCAGUCGAAAGCUUCCCGUACUCCCGAUAUCCAUCGUCGCGUCGCGUCGCGUUGCGUCGGUACCGUGCUUUCGUGUUGAACGUUGUUUCGUAUGAAUAUUUGGUGUAUCGUGUGAGAAUGAACGCGUUUCACCGGCAAACGCGUUUACGCUUGGUCAAUCAAUUGGUCGAACCUUUUAACGAGCAUGUAAACGUUUGUAUAUAUGAAUAAUAAACUUCGUUGUUUAAUAACUUGGAAGAAGAA